UUUUUUUCUCCAGUGUUACAGGGUUGGCUGUACCCCUACAAGUCCAGCAGCCGCCUGGGCCCCCCUUUUUAUCUCUCACUUGCUGGUAUGGCUUGAGCAGUGCUGCUGGCAGAUAGGAGAGAGGGAAAGAGUGGAAGGAGAGAGGCAGUAGACGAGAAAGCUUCAUAAAGAGGGAGAGUGGAAGAGAUUGGAGAAACCCUAAGGAAAAGGCAAGUGAGGGGGGCAUGGGAGUCCAUGUGUAAGGACUGGCACAGAGACAAUUGGGGUGCCUUGAGUAUGAGAAGAAAGGGGGCUGGGAUAAAGAGCACGAGAUAGGGGGUGACAGAAGGUGUGGGAAGACCACCAGACCACUGAAUAGCUGAGUAGCAGGCUGAGGCAGGAGCCAGGGAUAGGGAAUAAGAAGAAGAAACACAGUCUGAGGUGUUAAGGAAUAAAGGUGGCAAAAGGUCUCAAUUUCACCCGGCGAGUGUGUGAUCUUCCCCUGGCACCUGCUCUCUACAUGUGAUACUAUCCUGCCAGCCACAGGAUCGGCCACAGGAACAACCUGCUUGGUAAAGAUGGAAGAUUAUUUGCGUCUCCUGUACCUGAAUCUGUCUGGGCGGCUGGGCCCCGGCUGGGAGGGAGAGGACCCUUGCGCAGACUCUGUGGGCAAUGUGACAUUUCUCGUGGUGGCCUACAGUGCACUAAUAGCAGUGGGACUCAUUGGAAACUCUUCCCUUGUCUUUGUCAUUGCUCAUCAGAGAGAAAUGCGCAACGUUACAAACAUUUUCAUUGCAAACCUUUCCUGCUCCGACAUCCUCAUGGCCUUGGUGUGUUUGCCAGUGACUGUGAUCUACACUCUUAUGAAUCGAUGGAUCCUGGGGGAGGCACUCUGCAAGGUGACAAACUUUGUUCAGUGCAUCUCGGUCACAGUCUCAGUGCUGUCCCUAGUGCUCAUUGCUUUGGAAAGGCACCAGCUAAUCAUUCAUCCAACAGGUUGGAAGCCUCUACCCUGGCAUGCCUAUCUUGCGGUGGCAGUAACCUGGGCUGUGUCCUGCUUUAUCUCCUUGCCUUUUCUCUCCUUCACCAUUCUUACCAGGCACCCAUUCCAGAAUCUUUCUCUUCCCUUUGACCCUUUCAUUGAUCAUUUUGUGUGCACAGACAGCUGGCCCUCUGAGAACCACCGCCUAGCCUACACCACUUGCCUCUUGCUCUUCCAGUACUGCCUCCCUCUGCUUCUCAUCCUACUUUGCUACCUGCGUAUUUUCCUUAGACUACGUAAGAGGAGAGACGUGGUAGAGAGGGCAGGAGGUGGAGAUGCAGGAGGACGCAAGGGAGGCCACCGUAGGGUCAAUGUCAUGCUGCUUUCCAUUGUUGUAGCCUUUGGCCUUUGCUGGCUGCCACUAACUGUUUUCAAUGCUCUCUUCGACUGGGACCAUGAGCAAAUUUCAGCCUGUUACCACAACCUCAUCUUUUCCCUAUGUCACUUGGCGGCAAUGGCAUCUACUUGCGUCAACCCUGUCAUGUAUGGCUUCCUCAACAGCAACUUCCAGAAGGAAGUGAAGACAAUGUUAUUGCGUUGCCGCUGUGCUGGGGGUAGGGACCAAUAUGAGAGUUUCCCACUCUCCACCGUCAGCACUGAGGUGUCCAAAGCAUCCCUGCAGAGUGUCAUCACCAAUGGAAACAAUGUAUGAGCCAAUUGGA